CUUCGGUCUUAAGGCGGCCGGCACAGACGCCGCUGCUGCCCCCCCCGGUGGCUUUUUCGCCCUGCCCCGCGGUCGGCUGUUGCCAUGGCAGCGGCUGCGGGUACUUGGGCUUUUUCCCUCGCUGCAGUGCGGAGGAUGAAGGAACUGCUGCUUGCGGGGGGAGCUCAGCGACAGAUUCCCCUCCAGCAAGCCAUGGCAGAUAUUGAGAAUGAUGAAGAAACAGGAAGUGUAAUAGGACGAGGAGGCUACCCAAAUAAAGAUGGCAUAAUCCAAUGUGAUGCAGCAAUAAUGGAAGGACAGCCUGGGCAUUUUGGAGCUGUGGCAGCCUUGCAUGGAAUUGGAACUCCACUUGCUGUAGCACGUAAAGUCAUGGAAGAAACUCCACACAGUUUUCUGGUUGGGGAUGGUGCUGUGACUUUUGCAAAAGACCAAGGCUUCACUGUGGAAGAUAACAGAAAUAUGAUGAGUAAGCAGAGUAAUGAAGCUUAUCAGGUAAUGCUUUGGAUCACUACUGGUGAUGGAGACAAAAUUAUGUGUUUCUGUCCUUGUUUUCAUGCAGUCCUGUUAAUGAAACAGGGCUUGUCUCCUAUGGAUGCAUGCCAGACUGUUGUCCAGGAUAUCCUCCAGCGAACAGGAAAGGAAAAUAUGUUUGAACUUGGAAUCAUUGCAAUGAAUAUGAAGGGAGAAGUUGCAGCUGCUUCAUCAAUGUCAUUCCCAUACUGCAUCUGGUCUCAGGGAAAGGACUCUGUAGAACAAUUGAUGCAACAAUGCUAGCGACUUUGAAAGAAAAAAGGAAACAAUUCUGUACCACUUGCAUCCAGAUUCAGAGUCAUAUCCAUCUUUACCUUCUGAAGUUUCAUUUUCCUGUGUAACGUAUGGAGGAGGGAUGCAAACUGGGAGAUUUUUCUUCAGAAGGUCUGCAUUCAGUCACACAGAUGUAUGAGAGUUUCAGCCCCAGCCCAAGCAAGAAACUGUGAUCUGUUAGGGCCAAACUAGACAAUACAUUAAAAUGUGUGAUUGAUACUUGUUUUUAUUCCACCUGUGUGGUGAUGGGGGAUCAGGAUCAGGACCACCAUGCAUUGGGGAAAGGAUUUUAGCCUUUCUCCCCUGUGUUCUGAUCAUUAUGACAAUCAUACACUCCUCCUAGCUGCUCUUCACUCCAGUAGGGAAGCUGCCAUUGGUAUUUUCUCCUGAAACAAAUAGCAGCUUCAAUGUUGAAGUGGCCAUUGGAAAGUAACCAUGAUAGACCUACAGUGUUUUUGUAAAUGUAUAAUGCUACCUUAUGUCAAAUAUUCGUUAUUCUAAAAAAUGCAUAAAGCCUAUGUAAAAAUAAUAGUUUUCCAGACUAUAUACAGACAUCACAGGUUCAAGAAGAAAUGAAAACUAGCACUAUAUGUAUUAGGAUAAAAACGUUUCAAUCAAAUGGAUAAACUUUGCCCAUUUAUUUUUAAGUAGUUGACCUCAGGCCACUCUGGGAUGCAUAGAGCAGAAACAUUCAGUAUUUUGUUAAUGAUGAUAUAACUGUUACUUCUGUACAGCACAGUGACAAAGUUAUAUUCUGCUAUAUAUGCUGCUGAUUUCACAGAAGUUGCAUAAACUGGUGCAGAUUUUGACCUUUAGUACUAGCACCAAUAGUCCUGCCACAUUGGAGGCAGUCAAUGGCAAUGGUAGGCAAAGCUUCUAAUAUUUUAUAGCUCAAAGUACAGCAGAUCUGCAGUAAUCAAGCCUUAUUAAAGUCAUAGUUGUUGGAGCAGCAUGUGCAUUGCAAAGGUUCCAGUGGCCUCUUUUCCUUCAGUAGAUAUUUCUAAUAGGCACAAAUUGUAUGAAAGUUUAUUCCAGAGUCCAAUAAACUAGAAAGUUAGUAGGCUGCAUUACUGGGACCGUCCAAAACUCAUCAGUAUAUAAUAUCAAAUAAAUGACUGGGUGAUCCUAUUAGAACCUUUUUGUUUGGCUAUUUGAAGGCUCCUCCCGAUAACCUGUUUAUUAAGCAUUCAUUCUGAUUUGCUUGAGUGGUGGUUAUAUAUCUUUCCUGUUCAUUAACCUUUCAUCCCACACUUUUCAGCGCAUUUCCAAUCACUUUCCUAACCGCAAAAAGUCCAGGAUUUUUAAAAAAUUGAUUUGUUGCAUCAGGCAACAGAGCACUUUAAUCUACUUUAGGCACACAAACCUAAAUUUCUGAUAUGCGCUUGAAUCCCUGCUGCAAAAUACUGAGAGCCUGGAAGUGACCUGAGACUUGAUAGCAUUUGAUGAUUUGGAAAUGGUUGAAAAAUGGAAAUGGACUGCCUUCAAGUCGAUCCUGACUUAUGGCUACCCUAUGAAUAGGGAUUUCAUGGUAGGUGGUAUUCAGAGGGGGUUUACCAUUGCCUCCCUCUGAGGCUAGUCCUCCCCAGUUGGGUAGGGCCUGCUCAGCUUGCCACAGCUGCACAAGCCAGCCCCUUCCUUGUCCGGAACUGUCAGCUGGGGGGCAGUUGGGCUCCUUGGGAAUAUGCAGCUUGCCCACAGCUGCACAGGUGGUAGGGCACGUGACCCCUGAGCCACUCUCUGUGGGAGUGAUCUUUAGCUGGCCCUUUACACCCAGGAGACAGGAGCGGGGAUUUAAAAAGACUCUGGAUGAUAAUUACAUAAAAAUAGGAGGCAAAUAUGCAGUGAUUAGUGGUUUACUCAGAAUCUGGGAUAUGAUCUCAGUGACCAAGUUAACAAAUAUUGUAUGCAUGAAGGAAAGGAGACAAAUGAAAAUCUUUUUUUGCAAGAAUGGGCUUUUUUAUUUUUGUGAUGUUUUGAAAUAGCAAAUUAUAAUAAUA